AUGGCGGACAAGAACCAGAACCAAUACCACCCGGCGGAGGUGAACGGCUACCACCGGAGCGACCAGGAGUCGCUUGAGGAGAUCGAGGAGGCGAGGCGCAAGAAAAAGAUGAAGUGGACAAUCGGCAUCAUCGCCUUCAUCAUCUUCCAGGUAGUCCAAGGCCUCUUCUUUGUCUUGGUCAUCAUGAAAUUCAAGUCCCCUAAGUUCAGGGUGGCCGAUUUCACCAUCCCGACCCUGACCACCGAGGCGCAGACAUCUCCCUCGUUCAACAUGAGCUUCGUCGCUCCGAUCCGGGUCAAGAACACCAACUGGGGUCCCUUCAAGUACGAUGCUUCUACUGUUAACUUCAUCUAUGGGGACGUCCAAGUGGGACAAGCGACCAUUCCCAAGGGCAAGGCCAACUUCAAGUCCACCAAGAAGAUCGAUGUGCCCGUGACCUUGAACUCCGGUGCUUUGCCUACUAGUUCGAACCUUGGGAGCGAAUUAACCUUGAAAAGCCAAGGCGAGCUCAAAGGAAAGGUAACAGUCAUGUUCAUGUUCAAGAAGACCAAGAUCUCAAAAAUGAAUUGCACCAUAGAGAUCAGUACAUCAGCAAAGGAGGUCAAAUCCUUGCAUUGCAGCUGA